UUAAGGUACAUACAAUUUUAUUCAUUUUUACUUUUAAAAAUUUAAAAGAAAAUGGCACGAGGAAGUAGUGCUGGUUUCGAUCGUCAUAUAACAAUUUUUUCACCUGAGGGGCGUUUAUAUCAAGUUGAAUACGCAUUUAAAGCAAUUAACCAGGCCGGUUUGACAUCGGUUGCUGUAAAAGGAGUAGAUUCAGCAUGUGUUGUUACUCAAAAGAAAAUUCCAGAUAAGUUAAUUGAUCCAAACACAAUUGCUCAUCUGUACAAAUUGACCGAUCGUAUAGGUUGUGUGAUGACUGGAAUGAUAGCCGACAGUAAAUCUCAGGUACAAAGAUCCCGUUAUGAAGCUGCUAAUUGGAAAUAUAAAUUUGGGUCCGAUAUGCCUGUUGAUACAUUGUGUAAACGUGUGGCUGAUAUUUCACAAGUAUACACACAAAACGCCGAAAUGCGUCCACUUGGUUGCAGCAUGAUCAUGAUUGCAUACGAUGACGUUCAUGGACCUUGUGUGUACAAAACUGAUCCAGCUGGAUAUUAUUGUGGAUAUCGAGCAAUUAGUGUUGGUGCGAAACAAACUGAAGGAAAUUCGUACUUGGAAAAGAAAUUAAAGAAGAAACAAGAUUUGAAUACUGAUGAAGUUAUUCAAUUGGCUAUUUCAUGUUUAUCAACAAUUUUAUCCGUUGAUUUUAAACCAAACGAAUUAGAAAUUGGUGUUGUUUCAAAAGAUCAUCCUAAUUUUAAAAUUUUAAAUGAACAAGAAACUGAUGUUCAUCUUACUGCGAUUGCUGAAAAAGAUUAAAUAUUUGCUGUAUUUUUAAUUAAGAAUUGU